GGUGUUGAUGUUCCUAUCUUAUUAAAUGGUGAAAGUGUUACACAAUACUAUGCUCCAUACUUAUCGGCAAUGCAAAUCUACACCAACAAACCACAACACACAUCUCAAAGCUUAAGAGAGAGUGAAGAUGUUGCAAGUGCUGAGGGUGAAAAAUUGUGUAAGAAAAGUGAGAGUGAUCUAUCUUCAGAGGGAAGCACUGAUGAUUGUUGUCAUAAUAAUCCAUCUGUAGAGGCCGAACCACAUGCCCACCUCUACAUCAAGUUCUGUGAUACAUGCUCCCCAUAUUGGAGAAUUCCUUUUGCAGAAAAGAUUGCUGAACUGGCAGAAGUGUAUCCUGGGCUCUUGACAUUGAAAAAUAUUGACUUGUCUCCUGCAAGCUGGAUUUCUGUUGCUUGGUAUCCUAUUUAUCAGAUCCCAACAAAGGGAAUUUGGAAGGAUCGUUUGUCAACAUGCUUUCUUACCUAUCAUAGUCUCUCACCAUCUUCGCAAGGAGGAGUGAAUCCUAAUAUGGUUGGAAAUGAUGAGAAAGGGAAGAAAAGUUUAGAAUUGGUGAAAGGAGAAGAAGGGGAGAAGUCUGAUAAGAGUGGGGAAGCUCUAUACCCCUUUGGGAUGGCGACUUAUAGAUUGGAUGAUGAGAUUUGGAUAAAUUCACAUACUUAUGAUGACUAUGAGAAAAUUAUUGACCUCUACAAUGCUGCAGAGUCUUGGUUGAAGAAACUCAACUUUUGGCAUCAUGACUUCAACUUCUUUACUUCACAGUUCAGCAUGGAAGGACUAUCCAUGUAAUUUCCCUCAGCUCAGCUCCCAUCUUUAAUUUCUGGACACCCUAUCUUUGGUUUGAAGCCAUGGUGGCUUUAAAUUAAAACAAAUAAUAAUACCCUUGAA